UCUGCUCCUCACGCACCGGGUGGACACGAUCGGUCAGAUGUCCUGUAAUCCUUCCUUUGGUGGUAUCGGAAAGGGGCAUUUAAUGAGGGAAGUGGAUGCUUUAGAUGGCCUGUGUUCCCGAAUCUGUGACCAGUCUGGUGUACAUUACAAAGUAUUAAACCGGCGUAAGGGACCAGCUGUUUGGGGUCUGAGAGCUCAAAUUGAUAGGAAACUCUACAAACAGAACAUGCAGAAAGAAAUCCUAAAUACACCACUGCUUACGGUUCAGGAGGGAGCUGUAGAAGAUCUUAUACUUACAGAACCAGAACCUGAGCACACUGGGAAAUGCCGUGUCAGUGGUGUUGUUUUGGUGGAUGGAAGCAAAGUAUAUGCAGACAGCGUGGUUCUGACUGCUGGGACAUUUCUGAGAGGCAUGAUUGUAAUUGGAUUGGAGAUGCAUCCGGCAGGACGCUUAGGAGACCAGCCUUCCAUUGGGUUGGCUCAGACUCUAGAGAAGUUGGGGUUUGUGGUGGGAAGAUUGAAGACUGGGACUCCACCCCGAAUUGCCAAAGAGUCCAUUAAUUUCAGUAUUCUAAACAAGCAGACACCAGAUAAUCCAUCCAUACCAUUCAGCUUUAUUAAUGAAACAGUGUGGAUUAAGCCAGAAGAUCAGCUGCUGUGUUACUUGACUCACACCAACCCUAGAGUGGAUGAGAUUAUCCUUGAGAACCUGCACCUUAAUAGUCACAUUAAGGAAACUACAAAAGGACCCCGAUACUGUCCUUCCAUUGAAUCAAAGGUUCUGCGUUUUCCAAACCGUACACAUCAGGUUUGGUUGGAACCUGAAGGAAUAGAUUCUGACCUCAUCUACCCCCAAGGGUUAUCUGUGACGCUACCAGCUGAAUUACAGGAGAAAAUGAUCACAUGCAUCAGAGGGUUGGAGAAAGCUAAAAUGAUCCAGCCAGGCUAUGGUGUUCAGUAUGAUUACUUAGACCCCCGUCAGAUCACUCCUUCUCUCGAGACUCAUUUGGUGCAACGGCUUUUCUUCGCUGGACAGAUAAAUGGCACUACUGGUUAUGAGGAAGCUGCAGCUCAAGGUGUGAUAGCUGGAAUCAAUGCAAGUCUUCGGGUCAGACGCAAGCCUCCUUUUGUCGUUAGCCGAACGGAAGGCUACAUAGGAGUCCUGAUUGAUGACCUCACCACACAGGGCACUAACGAACCAUACCGAAUGUUUACCAGCCGAGCAGAGUUCCGUUUGUCACUGCGCCCCGAUAAUGCUGACAGCCGCCUCACAUUCCGAGGGUAUAAGGAAGCUGGCUGUGUGUCCCAACAAAGAUAUGCAAGAGCUUCUUGGAUCAAGUCUUCUUUAGAAGAAGGCAUUUCUGUGUUGAAAUCCAUUGAGUUUUCAAGUUCUAAAUGGAAAAAGUUAAUCCCAGAGGCUUCUAUAAGUAUGGGUAAAGUUGUAUCUCUCAGAGCUCUAGAUGUUCUGAAGUAUGAAGAAGUUGACCUGGAGUUAUUGGCAAAGGCUGUACCAGAGCCCUUGAAGAAGUAUACUGAAUGUAGAGAGCUAGCUGAAAGACUGAAAAUAGAAGCCUCUUAUGAAACAGUAUUGUCCUAUCAGCAACAAGAAAUAAAGGACAUUCAGCGAGAUGAAGCUCUCCAACUGCCAAAAGACCUAGAUUAUUUGACUCUCAGGCAUGUGUCUUUGUCCCAUGAAGUUCGAGAGAAGCUACAUUUCAGUCGCCCACAGACGAUUGGGGCUGCAAGUCGGAUACCUGGAGUGACACCUGCUGCCAUCGUCAAUCUGCUCAGAUUUGUGAAGACCAUUCAGCAAAGACAGGCAGCUAUGAAUGAGUUGCCCAAAAGUGAUCAAUGCUUAGGUGAUACAGACAGACUUGAAGAGAGACAGUUAUAGCUUUCUGUUCAUCGAAGACUUAUAAUCAAUGUAAGAGUAUAGAUAGGAGAUAAGUAUUUCUACUUAACACCUGUUAAAAAACCUUAAUUAUUAUGGUUUUGUCAUUAAUGUAUGAAGAAGACAGAUAUUAUUGUGCUUUUUUGGUACAUCUGAAAAAAUAGUUAUAGACUCUUAAUUUAUACUCUUUCUCUCAGGUGCUCUAAUGCAGUGAGCCUAUUAAUAUAACUUUGUGCAAAGCCCAUUAAAGAGAGAUAUAGUGGC